AUGCAUAUACUCGGCAACUCUACACCAAAGGGUAGUGGGUGUGGCCUGUACUGAUUCAAACCCGUGUUUCAAGCAUGCUUUAUAUCACUUUUUACUACUUGAAGCAACCCCAGUGGGUUGCUGCCUUUGGAAUUGGAGGGCAAAAGAAAAUGAUGAUUGCAUAAAAUACCUUUUAAUAAACAUGGAAAAUGGGUGGGUCAGGCUUGGGUUGGGUUAUUGUAGAUCAUGGGUUAAACAAGCUAGAUCAAACGAGUUUGCAGGUUAGAAAAGGCAACCCAUGACACCCAUUUCACAAUUUUGCUAGUUGUGACUGCACCCAUAUGUGUCAGCGGUCAAAUGGGUUCAGGUGUCAAGAAACCUUACAAAUGACCCAUUUUAUGUGGGCAGACUAGGUCAGGUUGGCAAGUUGUGUCAAUUUUUGUCAAUUUUUUAAAUGACACUGCUAUAUGAAAUUUGAAAGAAUCUUAGUUAUGUUAGAAAAUAGUGGGAAUGAGUUUGAAAAUGAAAAUAAAUUCAAGUUCAACAUAUCUAAGAAUUCAGAUAGCAUUCAGAGAUGGAGUUCAGAAUCUCUUUGGACAAAGGUGUUUAUUAUUAUUGUUAUUAUUAUUAUUAUUUUGCUAGAACAAAGUCAUCCGUAUUAUGGCAUUUAGAGAAUCAAUUACAUUAAUGGUUGAUUGAUAUAAUUAUGGUAUUAUGUUAGUGUAGUAGAUUUAGGGUUUUCUAAGUUAGUGUGAGUAGGUCCCCUAAAGCGUGUAUAAAAGCUCCCCAUAUACUAAAUUUUACAGUACAGAAUAAUGCAAAAUGCCUUUCUUCCACUUUUCUCCUCUUAACUUUUCCUUUCUUCCACUUUUCUCCUGUUUUUUACCUGUUUUGAUUUUUCUUUACCAGGAUCAAAAUCGAAGGUUAGUUAGUCUUAGGUUUCUGAUAUUUUUGCUUCCACUUGGUUUUUCUUAUUGUUGAAAAAAAAAAAAGUUUAUUUUUAGGGUUUGUUGCAUCUCCUCGGUCCACCAAUGGGUAUAAGGUUAGGUUAUCUCUUUCGGUUUUGGUUCUCCCUAUGGUUCUUUUGUUUAGGCCUACGUUUACUAUGCUUGUGGAUUGUGGUUUCUGGUUUUUUAUUUCAAUUUUAAACAAUUUUGUAACUACUGACAACUAAAAUUAAAAACAAAAA